CACGCCAUAGUCCCUCUGUGCUCUAUAUUCUGCACAGUUCUCCGAGAGAGAGAGAGAGAGAGGGAGAGAGACGAGGAUGAAGAAAAAGGUUCCAAAGCCUAGCAAAAGUCGACAGAAACAGCACAAGAUCGGAAAACGGCGAUUAAAAAUUAGGGCAAGAAAGCGAGCUAGAGAAGAAGGUUUGAGUCCACUGGUGAAGAAGUACUGGUUACAGAGGUACGACCUGUUCUCCAAAUACGAUCAGGGUAUAAAAAUGGACGAAGAAGGAUGGUUCUCGGUCACGCCCGAAGAGAUUGCUGUCAGGCACGCCGAGAGGAGUGGCGGCGGAGUCGUCAUCGAUUGCUUCGCUGGUGUCGGCGGCAAUGCCAUUCAAUUCGCUAAAAUGUAAGCUCUUCUGGGUAUGUUUUCUUCUCUUUUUUCUUUUUAAUAAUUUUAGGGGUUUGGAAAUGAAAAUGCUGAAUUAAGUUGAUAAAGAUUCAAUUUUUGUGCUUCCCAUUGCAAUUUUUCUUGUGCAAAUGGACCUAAAUCAGUCUUUU